AUGAGGCUUUUGAACACAGAGUCUCUUGAGCUCAGCCGUCCCUAUGUACCAGGCAAGGUUCCAGACUACGCAAUUCUUUCUCAUCGGUGGAGCACUGAAGAGGUCACAUUUGCGGAUAUAAGCAGUACACCUAUUCUACAUCCUCAAAGCCAGACGCGGACGAAAAAAGGGUUUGCGCAGAUACAAGGAGUUUGCAAACUAGCACUCAAUGAUGGAUACACUUGGAUCUGGAUUGACAGUUGUUGCAUCGACAAAUCUAGUUCGGCUGAGUUGCAAGAAGCGAUCAAUUCCAUGUGGAGAUACUACGCAGAGUCAAAUAUUUGCUACGUUUAUCUAGCAGAUGUUCCCGAUUCAGAAGCCGGCUGGGGUCUGAUGUUCGCUAAAAGCGAAUGGUUCACACGUGGUUGGACGUUGCAAGAGUUGAUUGCCCCAACAUGUGUUGAGUUCUUUGCAGAGAACUGGUCCGCCAUCGGUACGAGAUUCGAACGUUACAAAGAGAUUGCAGACACUACCUCAAUCGACCCAGACGUCCUCCUUCGUGUUCACCCUGUUGAUUCUUUCAGUGCGGCGGAGAGAUUGUCGUGGGCCUCCCAUCGGAAUGUCACUAGGGAAGAGGAUGAGGCAUAUUCGCUCCUGGGUCUAUUUGACGUCAACAUGCCACUUCUCUAUGGAGAAGGGCGGGAGAAAGCCUUCUUCAGGCUCCAAGAAGCUAUUUACAAUGCCACAGCCGACCACUCGAUGUUC